CCUACUCAUUCUUUUGCUGUGAAAUUACACAUAGCUAUAUACUCCUGGCUAGCCAUCUACAUCGAUGACGACGACGAAGGUAACGAUGACCUUAUCGGUUUCCAGGAGCGCUUCCAGAAGGGGGAGCCUCAGCCAUCUGCUCUCCUGCAGCGCUUCGCAGAGAACCUCCAAGAAAUGUCAAUCCAUUUCGAACCCCUCGUGGCCAACUUCAUCGUGCUUUCGUCGCUGCAAUUCGUCGCCGCUACCCUACUAGAGAGACGCAGCGAGCUCCACAGCCUGCAGCACUGCGAGGAAGCAAAAAGGUGGCCCGACUAUGUCCGCGACAGGAGCGGAGUCCCUGAGGCGUUCGCGUAUUUCAUCUUCCCAAGAGACGAGUGCCCGGAUAUAGGAGCGUAUAUGCAAGGCAUACCGGAUAUGAUGACUUACAUUAACUACGCGAAUGAUAUUCUAUCGUUCCAUAAGGAGACCCUCGCUGGCGAGACGGACAACUACAUCAACACCCGAGCCGUCUGUGAGCAACGCGAGCCUUUUGCCAUGCUCGAAACUGUCAUUGCCGAGACAAUCGCGGCAAAUUCGCGCGUGGUUGGGCUUCUGGACACCAGAUCUGACCUUGUGUAUGCUCGCAAAUGGAACGAAUUCUUCAACGGCUACAUCUUCUUCCACGUCACAGCUCGGCGGUACAAGCUGCACGUUUAUACUGGGCUCGCAGAUGUGGGAGCCAAACGGCAGGAGGUGAUUGCAUGCUAG